AUGGAAGCGGUCGCGACAGCUACGCCUCUAUCCCCUGAUGUCCUGGAAACCAUUACCAGACAAGUAACCGAGCGGGUCACUGCUACAAUCAGAGAGGAGUUGACAACGCUAAUAAGUAAUGUGACCAGCAGCACCACAGCCACUAGUCAGGGGAGUAUUAGUAAUAAUACUUCGGGGGCUUCUGUCAAUAAUGAUCCAAGCAUAACUAAUUCUGUUAUUUGUGGGUCAGAAUCGACUGCCCCAAGUACACCCAAUGACCAAGCUAUUCAACAAUUGGUUGAAGCCUUGGUAAUUAACCAUACUGAAAAAAUAGCAGGUAAAUCAGUUCUUGCAACUGGCGCCAUGGGCCGACAGAAACCCAGUCAACGUGCUCCACUUCCAAAAUUUCCGAAUUGA